AUGGACGAUCAACCAUCCUUCAUGACUCUUCGGACGAGGAGGCCCGCAAACGACGAGCACAGCAUGAGCAGUAGUGCCGACUCUGCCUAUGGCUCGGCCACUGAAGGUUCUCCACCGGCAACCCACGAUAUCAGCAGAGUGAGCUAUCAUGUGAAGCAUAUCGAGAGCUUCGCCCAGGCUCUCCAGCAUUCAGCCACCAGGGCAUUCCCUAACCGCGGCCGUUCAGCUCAGAGAUACACCAAGGUGCAAGCUCUUCUGCUGCACUGGAAAUCCGAUGAUCUCUUUGUGCUGCCCGAGCUUGAGGACCUGGAGAAGUGCUUCCGUGAUCACUACAACUUCUCGACCGACAUCUUCUCCAUCCCUUCAGAAAACUCCCAUCUGGAGCUGAUGCUGAAGAUUGGCGACCUGGUCAAGCAACACGAGUCCGACGACACGUUGUUUGUGGUCUACUAUGGCGGCCACGCCAGGAUAGACGAAUCCCGGCAGAGCACAUGGUGCGCAAACCGCCGUCCCGGGUCUCCCUGGCUUCAAUGGUCCGCCAUCCAGACCCUACUCGAAAGGUCCGUCUCGGAUGUUAUGAUUCUCCUCGAUUGCUGCGCUGGCGCUGCAAGCGCCACCUUCCCGACCGGCAAGAGCAUUACCGAAACCAUCUCAGCUUCGAGUUGGGACGCUAUCGCACCCGAUCCGGGGAGGUAUUCCUUCACCAAUGCCCUCAUUGAAGUCCUCGAAGAGUGGCGUCAACGAACCUUCUCCGCCGCCAUGCUCCACGCCGAGAUCCUCGCCCGCCUAAAGCACCCGCGGCCCAUUCUAAUCAAUGGGAAACAUUUCGAAGCCCGGUCCACGCCGGUACACUUCAUGAUGACUUCCAACCACAGAGCACCCAGCAUCGAGCUCUGCCGACUGGUCCCCAGGAAACAGAUGCCUCCGUCCCCCCCGAAUGAGCUGGCCUAUUGGGACCGACCAUCCCACCCGAGAAUGAUCGAAGGGAGAAACCCAGUCGAGCAGUACCCCCUCGCCAUCCCCGACUUUGGGAUCCCAGCCACCUCCGAGCCCAACGAGGACGAGCCUCACGUACUAAUAUCCUUAGCACUUGAGGACGACCAACGACUGGACUUGAACGACUGGGAAACCUGGCUGGCCGCGUUCCCCUCCAUUGCGAAAUAUGUCAAAGUCCAGGGUGUCUUCAAGAGUCAUUCGACCAUGCUGCUGUUAUCGCUCCCCGUCAUGGUCUGGGAUUUCCUCCCCGAUGACCCGGCGUGCUCAUUUGUGGCCUUCAUCCGGUCGAACAACCUCAUCCGGAACCAGCAGCCAACUCGGGAGCCAGAGCCUACACCUGCCCCCGUUCCAGAUCACGUCCCAGUCUCGGAUAUGGGACGCGACGAUGCCGAGUCCUAUCUGUCUGGAACAACUUACGGUCCGACUGAGAGUCUGAAUAUUGCUCGUUAUACCACUGCUCUCUCCAACCUUCAUCGAACGCAGUCUGCUGUUUCCGCCCCGUAUCGAGAGUCACACGCAAACCUGAGGACACUUCCACAGGACGAAGCCCCAGCAGGUUUUGAGAAUGCAUUUGAGUGGUCCUCGUAUGACGAGCCAAGCUCUAGGUUACGGCCCCAGCCGUCACCGAAUAGUCUCGGUGGCUCUCUUAGGAACGAUUACUUCCUCAAAGAUCCGGAACCGAGUGUCAGCGUUGUCGAACAUCUUGCGUCAAAUCUCAGUGUCGAAACGUCAGAUAUCCAUGGUGUCCUUCUUGUCGACUUGCGAUCAUCAACCGACUUUGAGCGGUCUCACAUUCACCACGCCAUCAACUUGCGCGCGCCGUUAAGCUUCGUUGAAAACACCUCGCUCGAGAUGAUCGAGGAUACCUUCAUGGACGACCAGAGCCGCCGCAACUUCAGUAAAUGGUCACAGUUCAAGUGCAUUGUCUUUUAUGAUAGAGUCGUCGAAUUCGAUUGGGAGUGCCCCGUCGCCGACGCCUUAUACACCAAACUGCGGCGCAAGGGCUGGCAGGGCCAAUGCUUUAUUCUCAAGGGCCAUUACCGGGAAUUCUCAGCUUCGUUUGACAAAUACAUCAGUGGGGCCAAAAUGACGAGUGAAGCCAAGGACUACCUCGACAGUCUUCGGCAGCAGUCCAGUCCGACAGAGGAGGAGGCCAGCAAGCGAGACCAAGCCUAUCAUGAGUGGUUGAACACAUUCGCAAGCCAGCAACGCACGCCGACGGCGGACCUUAUCCCGACGAGAAAGUUCGAACGGAGAAGGACGGUGGAACAACACCAGAAGGAGCUCGAAAUGGAGUUUGAGGCUCGCUUCCCCGCGCUGUACAAAAAGGCGCAAGCCAUGCGCCCCGUUGCAGCGUUCGGGGACACUCCCUCUCCGCCCCCGGGGUCGCCUCCUCCUCCUUUCCACAGUGGAACCCGGAGAAGCCAGUCCUUCAAGGACGUGGACUGGGCGGGAUCAGCGAAGUACGACGAUGAUGACUUCGACUUGCGUAAAGGGCCACUUGUCGGGCCGCUUAUGAGCGGGUUAGACAAGAUGCGUGAAGCCGGAAACCUCCCACGGUCCAACUCCGGGAAUUCCUUCAGGAGCUACCACGACGAUUACCCCAUGAAGGGCAAACUGGACUACUUAGGCGACGACUACGACCAGGAUUACGACGAGAUCGACCCAAAGAGCGAGGAGCUGGGCAAUGACCCCGGAUUCCAAAAAGCCGGGGCGCCAACUGGCACGGAGACCGGUGCUGGGACUCAAGUCAAACAUGAAAGGGGGGGAGAGGACACGUUGAAAAAGGUUACAAAGAAGCGGCCACAAAUCUGGGAGAGGUUAAGGAGUGGCGGGACCAAGUGA